AUGAACUCUUUUAUAUACUCUGGAUUUGUCGCCUCCUCAUUUCUGUUUUCUUCCAUUCGUGCAACUCAAGUUUCACCGGCUGCGUUGGCAUCCCAAUAUACCCUUACGACUAGCACUUCUCUGCCAUUUCCGACAGAAACUCUUUCUAGCUCGAAUGCCCAAUCAUUAAUCGACUCCGAAUGGUCUCUGAGUAAAGGACACAUCCAGGAUCAAGCAAGCGAUCUCGCCUUUGUUGCAAACCCAUUUCUCGACAGCUCUUCAAAUUCUUCAAGCCCUGUUCUUCAAGUGACAUAUCCAGCAGGAAGCUACUCACAUAAUACUGGCGGGUCUCAAUUUGAAAACUUAUGGAACACAACUGACGGUUCAGCCUUCCAAUCGAUGUCGCUAAGCUACGAGGUUGCUUUUGAUGAGAACUUUGACUGGGUUCUCGGGGGUAAACUCCCAGGACUUAGAGGAGGGACGAAUGCUACAGGAUGUAGUGGAGGGGACGAGCCUACAGGCUUGGACUGCUUCAGUACGCGUUUGAUGUGGAGACCAGAUGGUGCUGGUGAAGUAUACGCGUAUAUCCCUACUACAAGCGCUUUCUGUCAAGAAUCGAAUAUCACUUGUAAUCCUGAUUUUGGUGUCAGCAUUUCUCGAGGAUCUUUCACAUUCGUGAGCGGAGAAUGGAAUCGCGUCACUCUUUUCGUGCAGAUGAACGACCCGGUCACUACUGCUAACGGAGAUCUGCAACUCUACUUUAAUGACCAGCUAGUAAUUUCUAGACAAGACUUGCAAUUCCGGAAAGGUUCCUCUGUUGACAUCGAUGGUCUUUAUUUCUCCACAUUUUUUGGAGGUUCCGACAACUCGUGGGCGACCCCAAAUACCACACACACUUACUAUCGCAACAUGCAACUCUGGGGAGGUGCUAACCCUUCUAAUGCGACUGCAGUGAACUCUACAGUAAACUCCGCUCUCAAGACAAUCAAAUCUUUGGAUUACCUUUUCAUCUUGACAUCUAUACUCGCUACCUGGGGAAUAGUCCUAUGA